CCAACUAAAUACGAAUAUGCUGCUUGGUUACGUGAGACAGGCUCUCUCGAUAUGACCGCAGAUGACCUACAAAGCCAAGCAGAAAUAUGUAAUGCUAAGAAGCUGGACGCGCGUAAUGCUUUUGAUGAGAGUGCAGCACUUUUCUUUACUGUUCUAGUAAAGGUUUUAAUAACAUCAACUCUUUUUUUAACUACUAUUACGUAA